AUGGAAAUCAUCACACCCCAGGACUAUCAGAACAACGCUCGCAAGCGACAGCGUCGCAGUCUUCGUCCCUGUGACGCCUGUCGGAAGCGCAAGACUCGCUGCGUUACAAAGGAUGGCGACGGUGAUUGCGUCCACUGCCAGCUGAGAGCUACGCCGUGUACCUUUCAGCAUGAUCCUCCGGAGCGACAGGUCGCCAGUGGUAGUGGCAGUAGUGGCAUUUCCGGUCCAAACUCAAAUACAGUCUCCCUGCAACAACCGCAAGACGAUAUCAGUCAUGAGGAGCAGAGCCAAACGUCAGCGCGAAGCAUGAGCCAGAGCCGUAAAGAGUCGCGAGACGAUGUCCAAUCCGUUCACUCUGUGUCCUCGGUCCAGGCAUUUUUAUCUCCUGCUGAAACCAGGGCUUCUGCUGAUAGCGGUAUUCCUCUCGCUCCGCCAUCCGUCAUGGUACCUGAGCUUGGUCCCCUGGAUCGCACUAUGGGUUGUUCGUCUACGCGGUUUGCAGAGCUUUAUGGUCUUGGGAGCGAUAUGGAACCUAUACUAAUGCGACAUCGACCCUACGAUCCUCAGACUCACGAGUUUAGUCUUGACACACAUGCUAUUCGACGCGUGCUGGAGAGAGAUGACGGUCAGGAGUAUCCCUUGACAUUUCAUAUGGCUCGUGACGAAAAAGCCGUUGAAGGCGAUCCGACAUUUUCUCAAGUCGACGCUAUCGAGAGCUGUGUUCAUCCUCACGGCCCAAGUCUCGUUGAGCUCUUCUGGAGACACGUGCAACCAUGCUAUCCCAUCCUCUCCAAGGAUCCCUUUACCCUUGCCUACAGCCAGUCAUACCGACGCAUUCCCGCCGCCCUCCUCGGAGCCAUCUAUCUAUCCGCCAUUCGCUGGUGGACCUACGACCCUGAGCUCUCCAUAAGAAACCCCCCUGAUGCCGCCCUCCUCCGUAGGAUGCUACGGUCUGCCAUACCGGCGUCUUAUCACCGCCCAAAGCUCAGUUCCAUCCAGGCUGCGCUCCUUCUUCUGCAGUGCCAGCCCGAAGACCCCCUCAACCCGGACCACACGUUCCAAUGGGGCCUCACCUGCCAGGUGCUUGCGAUCGGCCAAUGUCUUGGGCUUCACCUUGAUGCGAGCAACUGGACUAUUCCGCAAUGGGAGCGCAAUGUUCGCAAGCGUCUGAGCUGGGCGCUAUUCAUGCAGGAUCGCUGGACGGCAUUGGCUUACGGACGACCUGUGCAUAUUCACGACGAUGACUGGACAGUGGGCGAUCUUACACCGGGCGACUUUUCUGAUUUCGACAGCGAAGGCCAUGCAGCUGCUUCGGCGUCCGCUACUGGAUCGGUUUCUAGUUCUGUUUCUGUAUCUGGCUCUGAUGAUGAUCGGAGAUCUAUUGCUGCAACUGGCAUGACGCAGUUUAUACAGAUGGUACGGUUGACGCAGAUUCUAUCCGUUGUCUACUCCAACUUUUACACAGCGCGAACCUGCCGUGAGCAAGAUACCGUUAUUCUCUGGGAAAAAGCCCGGCCGCUAUUCGAAAUGUUGACGAAUUGGUACCAUAGCAUUCCGCCGACACUGCAGAUGAACGUUAUUUACCAGCGCAAGUUGUGCUUCCACGGAUAUCUGCACUUCUCCUACUACGGCGUUGUGAUGACCCUGCUGCGCCGCUUAAUACGAUCUACAGCACUCCCACCGCGGUGUUCUGACGAUCGAGUCCUCUCCAGCAUUCGACAGAUUGCGCUUCAAACAGCCCAGAGCGCCAUAUCUUUUGUUAUAAGCUUGCGACCUGAUCAUCUCGAGGCGUUUUGGUACUUCACAUCACCCUACCUCUUCUCGCUCCUCGGCUCUUUCACCACAUUACUUCUCGUCACUUCGUUAUCCUCGCAGGAGCGACAUUUCUGGCAGGAAACCCUGAACUCGUAUCUUUGGAAUCUUCGCAUGAUGAGCAAAAGCCAUCAACCGAUGCAAUAUGCCGUUAAUCGACUGGAGGGGGCUAUAUUGCGAGGCUUGGAGCAUUCUCUCGCGGUUAACUUGAACGAGCCGCUUAAUGAUAAAGUUAGCCCUAUGAUGGGCAAUUAUAGUGCUGAUGUGUAUGAAUAUACUGAUUUCGGCGACUGGGAUCUCGCUGCGGGUGCGUCGGGGCCGUAUGAUCUUCUCAGCGGUUUGGUCAUUCAACCAAAUCCCAUGAUGCCGCAGAGAGAUCUUGGAUGA